GGACGCGGCUCGCGCCGGCACCAUGAACCCGCUGUAACGCGCAGGCAGCGCGGCGCGGGGGGAGGGGGGAGGAGGAGGCCGCCGCGGCGAAGUUCUCCGCCAUGAACCUGAGGGGCCUCUUCCAGGACUUCAACCCGAGCUGUUUCCUCCAGUUCCUCUGAGCCCUUGAGGUUUUCCUUGGAUGUAUGCCCACCCCUCGCUUGUUUGCUGCUUUGUCGAGUGAUACCUGACACGACGUUGAAUCCUCGGAGUCAGUGUCAGGUAAAUUCCUCAUCUAUGCCUGUCUCCUGCUGUUCUCUGUGCUGCUGGCCCUUCGUCUGGAUGGCAUCAUUCAGUGGAGUUACUGGGCUGUCUUUGCUCCAAUAUGGCUGUGGAAGUUGAUGGUUAUUGUUGGAGCCUCAGUUGGAACUGGAGUCUGGGCACGAAAUCCCCAAUAUCGAGCAGAAGGAGAAACGUGUGUGGAGUUUAAAGCCAUGUUAAUUGCAGUGGGCAUCCACUUGCUCCUGUUGAUGUUUGAAGUUCUGGUCUGUGACAGGAUUGAAAGAGGAAGCCAUUUCUGGCUUCUGGUCUUCAUGCCGCUGUUCUUUGUCUCCCCGGUGUCCGUUGCAGCUUGUGUUUGGGGCUUUCGACAUGACAGGUCACUAGAGUUAGAAAUACUGUGUUCUGUCAACAUCCUGCAGUUUAUAUUCAUUGCCUUAAGACUGGACAAGAUCAUCCACUGGCCCUGGCUUGUCGUGUGUGUCCCUCUGUGGAUUCUCAUGUCCUUUCUGUGCCUGGUGGUCCUCUAUUACAUCGUGUGGUCUGUCCUGUUCCUGCGUUCCAUGGAUGUGAUUGCAGAACAGCGAAGGACACACAUAACAAUGGCACUGAGCUGGAUGACCAUCGUCGUGCCUCUCCUUACUUUUGAGAUCCUGUUGGUUCACAAACUGGACGGCCACAACGCAUUCUCUUGUAUCCCGAUAUUUGUCCCUCUUUGGCUUUCCUUGAUCACUCUGAUGGCAACCACAUUUGGACAGAAGGGAGGAAACCACUGGUGGUUUGGGAUUCGCAAGGAUUUCUGUCAGUUUCUGCUUGAAAUCUUCCCGUUUUUGAGAGAAUAUGGAAACAUUUCCUACGACCUCCAUCAUGAAGAUAAUGAGGAAACGGAAGAAACCCCAGUUCCAGAACCUCCUAAAAUUGCUCCAGUGUUUCGGAAGAAGACCAGGGUGGUUAUCACCCAGAGCCCUGGUAAAUACGUCCUCCCGCCUCCCAAAUUAAAUAUUGAAAUGCCAGAUUAGACACCA